AUGCAUAUCUUGGUGGUGAACGACGAUGGACCGCCCUCGAAGCGUCUUUCGCCCUACAUUCGCCCAUUCGUCAAUGCCCUCCAAGACGCAGGCCACCUGGUCUCCGUAGCCAUCCCCGCCGCGUCGCGAUCCUGGAUCGGCAAAGCCCACCUGAUAGAAGCCGCCCUGAAGGCAACCUACGUACCCCCGUCUGCCUUCCGGGACGACGGAACGUGGGAUGAGACCUUCGACUCCGCGGAGACCGAGACCGAGACCCAGCCCGAAUGGGUGGUCAUCCGAAACGGCACCCCGGCCAGCUGCGUCCAAUUGGGCCUGUUCAAUCUCUUCCAAGAUCGCCCCCCCGUCGACCUAGUCAUCUCCGGCCCGAAUCAUGGUCGCAAUGCCUCGACCGUGUACAAUCUCUCGUCCGGAACGGUGGGUGGUGCCCUCGAGGCAGCCACCUGCAGCAAGCGCGCUAUCGCGAUCUCCUUCGGGAGUAAAGAUCCGCAGCCGGAUGAGAUCAUCAGCGCCGCGGCGAGACAUGCCGUGAAGGUUGUCAAUUACCUGUACGAGCAUUGGCAUGCGGAUGUCGAGCUGUAUAAUCUUAACGUGCCGAUGCGGGAGGAUGUGGAGAGCAGACCCAUCCGCUGGACGGAGGCCUUGCCCUACUACUGGCCGCGGGGUUGCAUGUAUGGCGAGGUGGCCGCGGACAAGAAGGUGAAUGGACACACUGGGCCCGCCGUCAACGGGUCGAGCGGGUCGCAUCUGAAGGAGGUUGAUUUUACCUGGGCUGCAGAGUUGUCGGAGAUGAAGAAGACCCUGCAGUCGAGUCGGGAGGGGACGGAUGCGCAUACCGUGUUGAACGGUGAUACAAGCGUCACGGCUCUUCGUGCCAAUUUCUGGCAUGUCCCUGAUCUGGAGGGACCGAUUAAUCUUGAUGAUUGA